AUGCAUGGACAACGGCAUAAGUUCCGAGUGGAUAAGGGAGCGCAAAUCCCCGUGAUUAUGGUAACGUGCAUGGCGUUCGUGUUGUGUGAGUGCACGAUGCCAAAGUAUCUUCCGGAGCGUGAGAGGAUUGGCUUCCAAGCAGACAGAUGUAUCUUCCGUUGGUGCACUAAUGCCAAGGGAUGUUGUACAACUGUCGCGGUACAGUACUUCCGUAUUGUGGAGGUGAGUGGGGGCCGGACACGGCGCAAUUACCUCGACACCGUGGUGCAAAACACACUGUGGACGCAGCCGACCAGAAAGGACUGCAUGGUGUGCUGGGACGCACCAGCUCCGCACCCAGCCGAGGCCGAUGGCAGAGUGGUGCGGUCUACUUUUGUUUUUGUGUGA